AUUAAGAAUUUAUGAAUAUUAAUGAGGCUACAAAAAAUGGCUCAAAGGAAAUGGUUGGAGCUAUGUACAAGACUAGGACUGGGCGAUGGGCCUGCACUGAAGUGGUGGGAAUGGUUGUACAGCCGCUACGGUGAGCCGCAACGCCACUACCACACAAUGGAGCACAUUGAGUCUAUGCUGGAAUUGCAAGACAAGCAUUGUGAAGGAAAAAUUCAAAACAAUGCUGAAUUCCAGCUAGCAAUAUUCUUUCACGAUGUUAUUUAUGACCCAAAGGCUAAAGAUAAUGAGAAGCAAAGUGCUGACUGGGCAGUCAAGUUUAUCAAUGAAACCACAGAAUCCUUAGAGUCCUCAUCUUCAUUAACCAUCAAUCCUAACAAUGUCUAUGAUAUGAUACUAUUAACUGAGACACAUAAAACACCAGCACACACUGAAGGACACAAUUUCGGAACGAAUGAUGAACAUUUCCUACUUGAUCUUGAUAUGAGCAUACUAGGACAGACAUGGAGUGUAUAUGCAAGAUAUGCUGGUAACAUUAGGAGAGAGUAUUGUCACAUUCCUCAUUCUGACUAUUGUCAAAAGAGAGCUGAGGUUUUGAAAAGUUUUUUGAAAGUCCAUAGAAUUUAUUGCACAUCAGAGUUUCAUUCUAUUUAUGAAGAACCUGCAAGAAAUAAUAUUGAAAAGGAAAUAUCAUUCCUCACUGUGUCACUGAUAAUAAAAUACCAUCAGAGUAAUCUGUAGUUGUUAUUUGUUCUUUUAUUACUCUGUUAGUUCCACAUAAUCAUUAUUUUAUCAGAAUUUAUAAAUUGCCUACUUUGCAUUGUAAUAUUGGUAUGCAUGUCAGUAGUGACAAUUCGGCCUUAUUUUUUGUCUCUCAUUUUAUCUUGCAAUA